UGGGAAGUGAGUGGAAGGGAAGGAACUACUUUCAGGAAACUAGCUUGCCCUGGAGGCACUGUAGGGGAGGCGCUGCAGGCCUCUACAGCGGCGGGCGUGGGAGGGGGGCCCGAGGGGAUUAUUUUCUCUGCCGCCCCCCUCUCUCCCCUGGUUAUUUGGAAUUAAGCUGUGGCGGCGGAAGGAGCCUGAAGUCAACGCUUCCGCCCAGUUUUCCUGCGAGGAGGAGGUGGGAGCAGAGCGCGGGGCUACGGCUAAUGGAGUUGCUGCUGCUGCUGCUGGGGACGGAGCGCGGCUGCUGAACUUAUCGCCGGCUCCGGCUGGGGGCUUCUGCCUUCCGCCCCCCCACGGGACGCCCGCUGGCUCCUUCCCCCCAUUCCCCCUCUCCUCGCACAAACAGCCGUGACGCAUCCCGCCGCCCCAUCCCCCCCGGCUGCCUUGCAGCGCCUCCCCGCUCCACCCCCACCCCCCGGGCCGCCCGGCUUCUUCCCUGCUCGGGGCUGUUGCUCGCCAGGGAGGGGUGGGUGAUUUGCCCCCCCCCCGCUCGAAUCGCAGCCGCUGCUGUUCGGAGGAAUUUCUGCCGCGGCUGCUCCCCUCCCUGCUGCCCCGGGGCGCGCUGCGAGGGGAGAGCCCGCUCGGCGAGGAGGAGGAGGAGGGCACUGGAGGUAGCUGCAUCGGGAGAUGAGCUGCAGCAGGAGGACGGCGGCGUGGAGUUCACUGCAGCUGGGAGCCUUCCUCUUCCACCAGCGCCAGCCUGUUCCCGUUAAAGAGCAGAGGGGCUGCGGCUACCAGCCUCGCUGAGGCAGGGGGCUGCGCUCCAGCGCCGGACAGCAAAGCCCCUGCGGCUCUCGGAUAAAAGGCUCGCCCCCUGCCCCUGCAGCCUUGAGAGCGAUUCUCGUUGGGGAGGCAGAUCUGGGGGUUAACAAUGGUGAGGUUUCUGGUGAGUUCCUGCUGCGCCCUGGCUGCGUCGGUGCUGCUGCUCCAUCUCGCUGUCGGAUCACGGUGAGGAGAAAAUGAGCGAAGAGACGGCGACUUCUAACAACGAUAAUAGUUAUGCAAGAGUGCGAGCUGUGGUGAUGACCCGGGAUGACUCAAGUGGUGGAUGGUUACCACUUGGAGGGGGUGGACUAAGCUGUGUUACAGUCUUCAAAGCCAUUCAUCAAGAAGAGAACAGUUGUGCUGAUUUUCUUAUCCACGGAGAACGACUCAGGGAUAAAACGGUGGUUUUGGAAUGUACGUUAAAGAAGGACCUCAUUUACAACAAAGUUACCCCAACUUUUCACCACUGGAAGAUUGAUGACAAGAAGUUUGGCCUCACAUUUCAGAGUCCUGCUGAUGCACGAGCAUUUGACAGAGGCAUCCGUAGAGCUGUAGAAGAUCUCUCUCAAGGUUGUCCACAAUUGCACAGUGAUGCUGAAGUGGCUGAAGAUGGCUUUCAAGCAAUUCAAGAAGAUAGUUCCAGUUCAUUAAAAGAUCACCUUUUCCAGCAUGAAACCGUAGUAAUCAAUGAACCUUAUAAAAGUCCAAAUAUAAGGCCCUCAACGUUUGAGGAAUUGAACUCUAGAAGAGCCUACUUUCCCAGCCAACCCAACCAGGUCCCAUUGAAAUCAAUCAGACACGUCAGCUUUCAGGAUGAAGAGGAAAUUGUUAGAAUAAAUCCUCGUGAUAUUUUAAUACGUCGUUAUGCAGACUACAGACAUCCUGACAUGUGGAAAAAUGAUCUGGAGAGGGAUGAGGCGGACUCCAAUAUACAGUUUUCGAAGUCCGACAAUAAAAAAUCGGACUAUCUGUAUCCAUGUGUGGAUGGGACUAAGCUGAAUUCACUAAAAGACCCGAAGAGUUCUGUGGUAUUUAAAACACAGCCUUCCUCGUUAAAAUUUAAAAAGUCAAAAAGAAGGAAAGAGGAUGGUGAGCGUUCUCGCUGUAUAUACUGCCAGGAGAGAUUUAAUCAUGAAGAGAAUGGCAGGGGAAAAUGUCAGGAUGCUCCAGAUCCUAUUAAAAGAUGCAUAUACCAAGUUAGUUGCAUGCUUUGUGCAGAGAGCAUGCUAUAUCACUGCAUGUCAGAUUCUGAAGGAGAUUUCUCUGACCCCUGCUCAUGUGACACUAGUGAUGACAAGUUCUGCUUACGAUGGUUAGCCCUGAUAGCUUUGUCAUUCAUUGCCCCAUGUAUGUGCUGCUACCUCCCCUUGAGAGCAUGCCAUCACUGUGGUGAGGUGUGUGGGUGCUGUGGAGGAAAGCAUAAAGCUGCUGGAUGAACAGUCUAGUGCCAAAUAGAGCUGAAAAUCUUUGUUUCCAGGAAGCAUCUAUCUUGGAUUUGUGGAAGCUUUUGGCAAGCAGAAGGAAAUCUUAUCUCGUGUAAGAGAAGCCUGAUGUGGAAGAAGCAGCGAGACUUGUCAGACCUUAGCAUUUUACAAAUGCUAGCAGCCAUGCCUAACUAUUUCCUUUCAGUGCAUGGUGUUUCGUUGCAAGUUGUGAAGGAGUUUGGAAAAGGAAGCCUUUUCUUAUUAUUGGCUAUAAAAUGAGUAUAUAAACUGCAGUUAUACUAAAAGGGAUUAACUUUUGCCAUUUUGUACAUUCAUGGUUUAGGUGUUGGGGCUCUUAAAAGAAUUACAAAUUAUUUGAGAGGAAAUUAAAAGUGCACUAAUGACAGUUGAUUUAAGACUAAGAAAAGUUAAUACUUGGCAAAUGAGAAAUGAAACUGAUUUAAGUGCAACUAAAUCACUUAUUAAUAGAUUUUUGGAAGCAACUUUAUAUAUAAAUAACAAAUGUUUAUAUUUAACUAAAUGUGUAAGGUACGAAUUAUUACAUAUUAAACUUUCCUUCCCCCUUCCAGUUAUAUAGUAGGUAUGAAUCAUAUCUACAAUCACAUUCCAUGAUAGUAUUUUAAAUAUUUAAUUAGUUUAUUUAGUAGCAUUUCUAUUCCAGAUGGACAAAUUGGUAUUUUUCAGUCCUAUUUCCCGUCAGCUACAGUUUGUAUUGAGUUGUAUCCAUGCAUUCUGGUAAUCUCUAAAAACCUUUUAAAAUAUUAAUUAUUAUAGUCUUGAGUGACCAAUAUUUUUUUUUGUUAAGCACAGAUGUAAUUGUCUAAAAUGUUCUAAUAAGAACACAUUUAUUUUUCUAUAUAAAUGACUUUGGUUUCAAUAAUAUAGCAAAAAGGAAGUUGUUUUCUGUUACUCAACCAGCAAGUUGUUUUCUUUUGGGGUGUCUUCCAAAAAAGAUUUUACUGCAUUUACAAAUGUUCAGCAAAGCAAAAGGUCCAAUAAGGGAGUUGCAAUGGUAUGUCAACAGUGUUCUCAGUUUAUCCUUCUGAUAAGAUUAUGUUCAACCGUUUAUCAAGUACGAUGAUUAAACUGAAAGAUUAAUAAUUAACAAACAUGGAAAUUGUUUUCAUUAUUUUGAAUUGUAGCAUCUUUUUUAUUUAAACUGGCAAGAAUAAAAUUAUUCUGUUCAAAAAAAAUUAACUUACAGCCCCUUCAAAAUUGGAAUAAACUUGUGUGUGUGUGCGCGCGUGUGUGUGUGCGCACGCGCAAAAUGUUUAUAAAAUUGGCCCUGGUAUUAUAUUACUAAAUGUUUAAUUUACAGAGCAAUUGGUCAAGUAUUCUAACAGGUUAACUGUUAGAGAAUCUUUAAACGAGUUGUUGUCAUGACUCUUAUUACAUGGUACAACAAAAUACAUUCACUCAUAAUGUUUAUUGUCAUGUUAAAAUUCUAACAGAAGUAAAGGCAUUCAUUCAUUUAGAAGAUAUCCCAAUAGGGUUGGAGUGGGAAGGAAUGUCCUUUAUACACUUUUCCUAUAAAAAAUUGCAUAGUUGAUUUUUUUUUUAAAUAACCUUAAUUUUCUAUGCAUUUUUCCCUGUGUGGGUGUAUGUAACUUUUCUUUCUUACAUAUAUUAAAACUUUUGUUAGUUCUCUUCUGUAGUCUAGGAAUCAAAUUCUGAACAAAUGUAUAUAACACUAUAUGUCUGUAAAAUACUUUUUUAAAGAAAACAUUUAUAUUUAUAUGACAGCUCGAAUUGACAGCAUUGUGUACAUAGAGCAUCUUGAAGUAUUAUUUCACAUUGAAAAGAAGACAAAUAUAUUGAUAACUGUAGAAGUUAUGAAAGAGCUUCUAGUUUUGUACUAAAAAUUGAUUGGAUGAACUAAGUCCAAGAAUAUGACACUGUAGCAGCAGUCUUAAGUAUCGUUUUUACUGUUAAUAUAUUUGAAAGCUGCUACUCUGGAUGAUUUUCAUGCUUCACGUGUUUUCAGAUAAACUUGGUUGCCUAGAAUAGACUGUUACUUAAACUAUUCAUUAGUGAAAUGGGAAUGUUUUCCUUGUGAAUAAAAAAUAUUUGUAAGUGCUAGGUUUUUAACAAGAUUGAGCGAGGUGUGAACAACCUAAGAAAAGAACUUGCUGGCUGUAUAGGAAAAUACUGUAGAAUUGUAUUGUGUAUAUACUUCAGGAAAAAAUGAGUUUAACAAUUUCCUCUGAGCACUAUUCAACAUAGUGCAACUCCUGGUCCUGUACUGUAUUUUAUAUGCAACAUAUAUGCUUUAAUAUUUUUACUGAAUGUGUGCAGUAAUAUUUUCAAUUCACAUUUAACCACUUUGCUGCUAAAAUUUUGUCCCCAUCCUUUCCUUUACUCUUUUUAAAAAAAUUGAUCCCUUU